AUGCUAACCAUUCGGUCACUGACAGCGUCGACCUUGGCGUGUGCUCUCCUGGUAACGCAGUCUCCUCUGGUUGCUGCUGACCACACGGUUAAGGCUGAUGCCUCGACUACCCUACUAGACAAAUGGGAAGGAUGGGGCACUUCGCUCUGUUGGUGGGCCAAUGCGUUCGGAGACCGUGAAGACAUCGCUGAUGUGUUCUUCACGCGUAAGGACAGUGUGAAGCUUGAAGGGGCAGCAACAGCGCUUCCAGCUUUAGGCCUGAACAUCGCGCGCUACAAUGUUGGAGGCUCAAGCAAGAACGUCAUUGACGAUGGGGGCACCGAAAUCGCUAUGAAACAGUCGGAGAAUAUGCCGCCAUUCAAGUUUAUCGAGUCGUUUUGGCUGAACUGGGUCAGCAACGACUCGACCAGCAAGAGUUGGGACUGGGACGCCGACCUAAAACAGCGCACAAUGCUUGAUCUGGCCAUUAAACGCGGCGUUGACAUUACGGAAGCGUUUUCGAACGCUCCUCCAUGGUGGAUGACGCACAAUCAUGCUACUGCUGGUGGGGAUGAUGGCAAGAAGGAUAACUUGCAAUCGUGGAAUCACGACGCGUUUGCGUUGUAUUUGGCCAUGGUCGUGAAGCAGGCUAGGGAUAGCUGGGGUGUCAACUUCACGUAUGUUGAGCCUUUCAACGAGCCGAUGAGUACGUGGUGGACGUUCCCGGGCAAACAAGAGGGUUGUCACUUCGAGGUGAAGACGCAGAAUAGCCUCUUACUACAACUUCGAGGAUAUCUGGAUAAAUUUGGACUAAAAGAUGUGAUCAUUGCAACGUCCGACGAAAAUACGCCUUCGAUAGCCUUGUCGACACUCACAAGUAUGUCUGGAAACCCCGAUGUGAUGACAACUUUUGGUAAGGUGAACACGCACGGUUACGAAGGACUCAGUCCAUACCGUGGAAAGGAUCGUGAGCCUUUGAAGUCGCUCGUAACGAAGUCAAAAAAGACUCUGUGGGACUCGGAAUACGGCGAAAAGGAUGGAACGGGGCUUGGGAUGGCCGAAUCGAUCGCCUUAGAUAUUAAUCAGAUGGGCGUGUCGGCGUUCGUGUAUUGGCAAGUUCUUGACGGUGGUGGCUGGGGUCUUAUUCAGUCAAGUCCAGGCAAUAUGACCAUAAGCGCGCCCAACACCAAAUACUACGCGCUGGCUCAAUACUCACGCCACAUUCGGCCGGGCAUGGCUAUCCUCUCGACGGACGACGUGAAUACCGUAAUGGCCCAUGAUGCCAAGUCCAAGUUGUUGGUACUUGCUACAGUGAAUACGGGGGAUGCGGCCUCGAAAGUCACAUACGACUUGGCAAGUUUUAAGACAGUUGCUGGACCUGUGUCUGCUUGGACGACGGAGACGAGCGGUAAGGGAGCGCUCUACAAGGCGUCGACGGUGAAGCUGUCUGGCACGUCGUUCAGUGUGUCGAUCCCGGCUGCGUCGGUGAUGACAUUCGAGGUUGAAGGAGUUGCUUAA